UCAAUCAUCACCAUGUUUUCUGCCCUCCGCGCUUCAUGCAGAGUAGCGUUUGGUCGCAGGGCACUAGGCACAUUGCAACAAGCUCCAUCAUGGAACCAAUUUCCCCAUCCACCGAAAUCCAUCCUCAUCGUCAACAAACUACGCACACAACCUGUAAUUCUUGCUAUCGACGCCUUUCUCGAACAUGUCCACUCAACAUACCCCGGAGUCCGCGUCUUUCACGAGGAUCGACCAGACAUUCCGCACGGCGCAGAAGUCUGGCAAUCUGGUGAACGAGCAGAGAAGAUUGACCUGGUUGUUACACUGGGGGGAGACGGAACCAUUCUACAUGCAUCCUCUCUCUUCAGUGCCGGAGCUGUUCCCCCAGUACUAAGCUUCUCGAUGGGGACUCUCGGAUUUCUAUUGCCCUUUCACAUCGACGAUUUCGCCAAGGCUCUCGAGAGUGUGUUCCAAGGCAAGGCUACCAUCCUCAAUAGGAUGCGGCUUGCGUGUACCUUCUACAACGAGAGCCUGAGCAAAAAGACAAAUGUUGGCGACGACUGGCAAGUGAUGAACGAAAUUGCCCUACAUCGAGGUUCCAGUGCCCAUUUGAACACGAUCGACAUAUUUGUUGACGGACAACAUCUUACCGAGGCUGUUUCUGACGGCCUCAUCGUAUCAACACCCACCGGCUCAACGGCAUAUUCGCUCUCGGCGGGCGGUCCGAUUGUGCAUCCAUCUCUAAGCGCCCUCGUUCUCACGCCGAUUUGCCCACGGAGUCUAUCUUUUCGGCCCUUAGUAUUUCCUUCCUCCUCCUCAAUAACACUCCGAAUCGGGGACCGAAGUCGGGCUCCAGCGGGUGUUUCAAUGGACGGUCGGACCUCACACACGCUUCAGCCUGGCGAGUCCGUUACAGUCCAUGCUUCACCCUUCCCUGUGCCUUGCAUUAAUCGGUCAUCAAUUGCCGAAGACGACGAUGUACCACAUGCGGGAGCCGGGCCGGGCAAGGAAGACGACUGGGUGCGCGACAUCAACAAUUUGCUCCAGUACAAUGCGACAUUCCGGUCAAAGGCCCUUCUACGACACAGCCGGACCUGA